AAGACUCUUGAUUCGAUAUAUCGUUUUAUUUUCAGUGCGGAGAAUUUCAGAGUGUCAAAAAGUGUUUAUUUUCUGGCAGAAAAACAGCGUAAUUGACUAAAAGCGUGCGAAAUUGAGAGUGAAAAGGCGAUUGUUAAAUACAGUGAGUGAGAGGAGACGUGCCAGUUCUUGUGGAUAUCUCUGUUUGAGACGCAAUUUCGAUAAAAUCGAAGAGAUUUGGUCACCGUCCAUCGAAGGUCCAAGAGAAGCAUCCGGAGGAAGAGUGGCCGGGAGCGCAAGUGGAGGAGAUGAAAAUGCCACUCGCCCACCGGAUCAAUGACGCUGCCAGAGACCAGCGAUGCAGCAUGUGGCGCGAGAGGCAGAACCGCGAAAGGUUGUGAAGUGGCGCGUAUUGCAAAACCAUUCUCAAUUCCAUCGCGAGUGUGUGGUGAAGGCAGCGCAAUCGGCGAGUGGCGGAGUCGCGCGCGCUCAGGCCUCGCCAGUUGAUUCACGAUCGUUGAUCUGAGCAGUUGGGUUGGAUCUUUUCGAGACUCGAGGCAUAUAUAGUGAGUGUCUUUUGGGAUUCGCCGAGGAGUUGCUCAAGGGCCAGAGAAGUGGAGUGUGUGGCUAGAGUUGGAGGAGUGUGAGAGAUCCUUUUGGUGAGGGAGGAGUGCGUGCGUGCGUGUGAGGGGGCUCUGAGUGAAGAUUUUGCGGCUCUCUUUCUGAGUGCGGUAUUCGCGCGAGAUCGCAUGAAAAGAGCUCUGAAAAGUCGUGUAUUUCAAAUACAAAACUGCUGUGUGCUCAGUGGAGCUGUUCUUACAAUAUUGUACAGUGCUGUGUGAGGCAAUAGACACGACAAAACGAGAGUGUGGCACUUGGUAAAUAAGGAGAUAUUUUACCAUUGAGCGCAAUUUCAUUUUUUCAUCAUCUCACAGCGGUGGUUUCCAUGUGAACGAAAGGACUUUUGCGGGGAGAAUUUUGUGUGAAGGUGUGCAAUUAGAAGAGAAGUUGAGACCAACAGUGCGAAAAUGAGCUUCGUCAACUCCAUCCUCUUCUCAUCAUCGGAGAUGAGCAAUUUUCUCCCGUUCUUGGGAGUGAUUGUCUGCGUUGGAGCCAUGCUAACAUUUCUGAUAAAAGCAGCCAUAAUACUGCGUGUCCAGGGCGAUGGUGGAGAUGCAAUUCGCGCCACAGCCGUGUCAAAUGCACACAACAGCAGUCGGAUGCAGGUUCCAAGGCUCAAGAUGACACGAGUUCACAUACCUUUCACGUUCCGCCUGCUGGAGAGUGUCAAUACGUCUUAUGAAGAGGUUUGCCUUGCCGUGUCCAGCCAGGUGCGCUACACACUGCAGGCAUUUUGGGCAGUCUCCAUCAGAGAACUACAUAUGUCACUGUGGCGACCGUGGACUGAGCUUCGCGAAGCUGCCUACAUGAGUGAUCGUGGAAUUGUUGAUGUUCAACACUAUCAGCAUCUGGCUGUUGAUAUUAGGAAUAAAUCCCCACACAGUGAAGAAAUCAUCACACUGAAAUCACCAAACUCACCUCUUGCUCUGGGAGCACCACCAAGACUGUCCUACCCACUCGUGAUCUUUCUCAUUCGUGACUUUGAGCAAGAUGAGAUUCUUCAUCCUGAUGAAACUGUGAUCUUGGUGAAUGUAGUUCAUCUGAGAGAUCCAGUUUGUCCUCUUCCCACAUCCGUCUUGGCGCAGUAUCUGAAACAAUCGAGUGGACAACUAUCGUGUCUUAAGCAACUGUAUCUUGCCACUGGAGAUCCGCUCUCUGGCGAUGAGACGACAGCACCGAUGCAGACGGGAUCGCUAUCUCUGGCCGAGCCGGUCGCCUGUGCCGGCAACGGUGGACCCAUUCUCUGUUCUGACGGGCCUCAGAUGGAGCAAUUGUGCGUGGUGUGUCACUACUUCCCACUUUCACGCGCCCUCCUGCCCUGUCGACACACUUGCAUCUGUGCCGUGUGCUUCUCAAAACUGGAGCGAUGUCCAAUGUGCAGGGCACCGAUCACCAGUUACUUCUGCAUCAGAUCAGAAGAGUAUCUGCCGGCAAAUCACACGGAAUCGCGUCCGGCCAAGACAAAGGGGAAUGUUCACUGGCUCGACGCCCUCAAUGAUCGCCUCACGGACUUCCUAGGAUUUAGAUAGGUGCACAAGUAAACACACAAAGCAUUGAGGAGUUGUGACAUUGAAGGAUAGCACUAAGUGGAGGACCCCACCCUGUGGAGUGAGCCAAGAGAUUUGGUUCACAACACAGCGCAGAGGAAUGGAGAAAGAGAGGAAAGUCAGAGAGAAACCUUGUCCGUCCUUCAGCAUCAGCUUCUUAAUAAAAUAAUGGCAGAAAAAUGUAAAUUAAUUUAGUAAUAACACACACACAAACACACAUCACGAUGAUAUAAUUUCACACUAUAUAGCUGUAAAGUGUAACUAUUACUUUGUAAUUUGUAACAGUUAGAGAUGUUUUUUUUUAUAUAUAUAUUCAAUGUAAAAGAAAUGAUGCAGGUAAAUUGAGUAAUAUUGAUUACUUCAUUUUGAGCAAUGUGUCUCUUUUGCAACAAAACACUAAGGAUUUGUUUGAAUAUUCACGUGAACUUGUGAAGAAGUAAUGUUUUUAAUAUGUAUGUAUUUCCCCCUCCCCCCCUUUUCCCCCGUCUAAUUGCUAAUUAAUUUAAAGAACUACUUGAGAAACCAUAAAUAUCUCCUCACUGAGUAUCCAGUAAUCACAUUAGUUUGUAAUGUUUUAAUGCAGAGUUGGGAGGAAGAAAUCCAGGAGGAAGACACAGAUAAUUUCAAGCACUCUAUUCACUACACGUCACAAGUUUUGAAAAUGUCUAAAUUUAGCAGCAACUAGAGCAGAAGUAUAUCUCUUAUCUAGCCAUGUUCCAGCUCUGCAUGUGUGAAUGAUUCUAUUUAGUGGAAAAACACAUUAAUGUUACAUUAGUCUGUGAUAAAGAGGAAUUUAAGUAUGGAGUAAAGCUAACAUUUAUGCGACCACGUAGAUUUAUUGUUAGGCAUUGUAGAGGAUUUUAUCAGUGUAGCUUAAGUAUUCCCAGUGUUAAACGACAUGAUCAUGACGAAGUAAGAAAUGUGAGAAGAAAAUA